CUGUUGUUAUCUGUUUUUGACUGAUAAAUCAAAUCCAGCAUAUUUUACACUGCUUUAAAAUGAAAACAGAAAGAAACUAGAUAAUAACGAACCAUCUCCUCUGAAUAGAACUAUAAGGAAAGGGUUUGUCUGGUGGUUUUCAGUAGCAUUUUAAUAUUUCACAUAGGUUUCUUCAGAAAUGUGCAUUAGAAAGUAAAUAAUUCAGAACUGCGGACAGCUCUCGAGCUGCACUUAAAUGUGAGGCAGUGGGCGGGGUCAGAGCUUAAUCCGCGAUGUGAUUGGUUGUUCUGUCAUGACGAGCCAAUCGGAUAUGAGCUCCACGUCAACCACCAGCGAUAAUGGAGAUAACGGAGAUUAUGUUGUUUAUGUCGCCAUAACUUUGGCUCUGGUGAUUAUUUGGAUGGCGUUUGAUUAUGAAAUGGCUGUGGUAGGAUUGUUUUAAAGAUAAUUUGUCAUGGAUUCUACGACAUGGAUGAAAGAAAUGUAGGAUGAAGUUCAUUUUCAGAGCCAAACAGUGAAUGUAAUGGGUGCUGAUGGGAGCAAGAGCAAUAAGAAUCCACCACAGCAUAAGGAGGAAAGUCACUACUCAUCUGGAUGGCGUGGCUUCCUAUCCAGUUUGGGCGUCUCUGUUCCUUCAAGGUUGCACAUCGGGUCACGGAGAAUGAUUCGGGACAAGAGGACGUCUGUCCCAGAGUAUGUGCUGUCUUCAGUGCCUGGCCCUGAGAAACUGCACAUGGAGUGGGACCUCCCCGCGUUUAUCACCAUGUUCCUUCCCGAGUUUCCCCACCGCAACGCCCCUGGACAUGAGCACUUCCAGAUCCUGGGUUACAUUGCCAAAGGAUCAUUUGGUCCCAUCUUGAAGGUGAAGGACAAGUUAAAACAAAAGACUUAUGCAGUUAAGGUCAUCCCGAAGUCUGAGAUUCUUCGUCUGGGUGUGUUGGACCAGUCUAAGGAAGAGGUGAUAGUCCAGCGUCAGGUCCGCCACCCUUUCGUCCAUGACCUGCAGGACUGCUGGCAGACCCAGCACCACCUCUUUAUUAUGUGUGAUUACUGCAGUACAGGAGACUUAUACACCUACUGGGUGAUGAUCGGUCAGUUUGGAGAGGAUGCUGUUAAGGUGUUUGCUGCUGAGCUCGGUUCUGCUCUAGGGUUUCUUCACGAUUUUGGAAUCAUCCACCGCGAUGUUAAGAUGGAGAAUGUCCUUUUAUCAGAUGAGGGACAUUUACGCCUGGCUGAUUUCGGUUUGUCCCGGAGGCUCGAACGUGGAGGAAGGGCAUUCACCAUCUGCGGGACAAUUCAGUACAUGGCUCCUGAAGUGCUGAGCGGGGGUCCAUACAGCCACGCUGCUGAUUGGUGGUCCCUCGGGAUCCUGCUCUUCACAUUGGCUACUGGCAAGUUCCCUGUACCUCCAGAGUCAGAUCACUGUUGCAUGCUGAGGAAGGUGCGCUGCUUCCCCUACGAGAUGCCCAGAAGCUUCUCUCCUGCAUUCGCCCUUCUGCUGACUGAGCUGCUGUGUAAGACCCCGGCACGUCGCCUGCGAACGCUGGAGCGCUUCAAGCGUCAAACCUUUUUCCGUGGCACUCCGUUCGACUCGCAGCUGUUACAGAAAAGCCCAAUGGUCCAGAUCCUGGAACUGAAGAAGAGGCCCGAUCGCCCUGCCAAAGCCUGCCGAGGUCUUACGCUCGAACCGUUUCCCAAUUUUGAUUUCGACUGUGAUUUCCUCGGAGAUUCAACCUCCACCACUGCUCAAGAAACCCUAACACUGGCCAGUGUGGAACUAGAAGAGGUCCUCGACCAAGGGCAAGUACCUCAGGGCAACGUUCCACAGAGAACAUUUUUGUAGCAAGAUGCAAACUGAAUGUUGUUAGAUUGAAAUGUGUGGCACAGGAUUGUUCAAACUGUGUAUAUUCUAUAAUUUCCAUCAUUUGUCAUUUCACUGUGAGAAUUAAUUGUGUCCCUUGAUAUUAUUUAGAAUUUUUUAGCAAUAUAUUUCAAAGUAUGUUUCAUGCCAAAGUAUAAUAUUAAGUAUAAUAUUCAUACUACUUGUGAGUUCCCAUGCCAAGGCUUUUUUUUUUCCUGCAUUUCUCAGGGCUAUUGUAUAUAACACAUUAAAACAAUUAAUUUUAAGGUUAAACUAAAAAAAAAAAAAAACAACAA